UCGUGAGAGGAGCCGUACGGACUUGAGUCACGUGCCUGUCAAACCCCAUUCUCUCGCGCAGCCGUCAACACAACUGAGGAAGUGGCAAGAAGCUAACCAGGUUAACGAGAACUGAACCACUACGGCCAACGCAGCGGUUAUUAGUUGUUUUAAGCUGCCUAAAGGUUGAGUUUGUCUUCAUCGAUGAAGAGACUGACUGCCGUUGUUCGGGUUUCUGUUAGCAUGGAGUGACACGGGGCACUGUUUUGGAGCCGUUGCUUGCUAACUUCUAAGCUAGCAGGCUAACGAUCAGCUGUUGUUUUGGUCGGAGAGAUAGCUGGCUAGCCAGGCAAACUGCAUAGCUCUACAGAAGUCUGCAACACCAGGGUUACCCGAGCAGAUUUCCUCAUCGACUGUCGAAACACUGAGCUGCUCGGCCGGUUAAUGGCGACACAUGAAGGCGGUCCACCCUGACAGACUCAUCAGCGGUCAGUCAGUCAGCUGUUGUCCGACAGGCGUCGACUCCGUGUGGGAUUGAUCCAUCAGCGCGGCGUGUAAUUCAAUCACCGAUACAGCUUCAAGAUGCACGACGCGUAUGAACCAGUGCCUAUUUUGGAAAAGCUUCCUCUUCAGAUCGACUGUCUUGCGGCCUGGGAGGACUGGCUGCUUGUGGGAACCAAGCCAGGUCAUCUUCUUCUCUACCGAAUAAAGAAGGAUGCAGGCACCAACCGCUUUGAGGUGACGCUGGAAAAAUCCAAUAAGAACUUUUCAAAGAAGAUUCAGCAGCUGUAUGUUGUCUCACAGUACAAAAUUCUUGUCAGUCUCCUGGAGAACAACAUCCACGUCCAUGACCUCCUGACCUUCCAGCAGAUCACGGUGCUGUCCAAAGCCAAAGGAGCCACGCUGUUUGCCUGUGACCUGCAGCAAACCAGCUCAGGAGAGGAAAGGUUGAGAAUGUGUGUCGCAGUGAAAAAGAAACUCCAGCUGUAUUACUGGAAGGACAGAGAGUUCCACGAGCUGCAGGGGGACUUUGGUGCUCCAGAUAUUCCAAAGUCCAUGGCCUGGUGUGAAAACUCCAUAUGUGUUGGUUUUAAACGAGACUAUUACCUCAUUCGGAUGGACGGCCGUGGCUCCAUCAAGGAGCUCUUCCCCACUGGGAAACAGUUGGAGCCUCUGGUUGCCCCACUGGCUGAUGGGAAGGUGGCUGUGGGUCAGGAUGAUCUAACCGUGGUGCUCAACGAGGAGGGCGUUUGCACCCAGAAGUGUGCCCUGAACUGGACAGACAUCCCUAUAGCAAUGGAGCAUCAGCCUCCGUACAUCAUUGCCGUUCUCCCUCGGUACGUGGAGAUCCGGACCUUCGAGCCGAGGCUGCUGGUGCAAAGCGUGGAGCUGCAGAGGCCUCGCUUCAUCACUUCAGCUGGGCCAAAUAUCGUGUACGUUGCCAGCAACCACUUUGUGUGGCGUCUGGUGCCCGUGUCAAUAUCCAGCCAGAUCCGGCAGCUUCUUCAGGACAAGCAGUUUGAGCUGGCUCUUCAGCUGGCGAAGAUGAAGGAUGAUUCAGACGGUGAUAAGAAGCAGCAGAUACAUCACAUCCAGAAUCUCUUCGCCUUCAAUCUGUUUUGCCAGAAGAGAUUUGACGACUCCAUGCAGGUGUUCGCCAAACUGGGCACAGAUCCCACCCAUGUGAUUGGGCUGUACCCAGACCUGCUCCCGGCGGACUACCGCAAACAGCUGCACUAUCCGAACCCUCUGCCCACCCUGUCCGGGGCAGAGCUGGAGAAGGCUCAUCUGGCUCUAAUUGAUUACCUCACCCAGAAACGCAGCCACCUUGUGAAACAGCUGAACGACUCCGACCCUUCCACAACAUCGCCGCUCAUGGAGGGAACGCCUACUAUCAGAAGCCGCAAAAAACUCCUGCAGAUCAUCGACACGACCCUGCUCAAAUGUUACCUGCAUACCAACGUGGCCCUGGUGUCCCCCCUCCUCCGACUGGAAAACAAUCACUGCCACAUCGAGGAGAGCGAGUGCGUCCUGAAGAAGGCCCACAAGUACAGCGAGCUCAUUAUUCUCUAUGAGAAGAAGGGUCUGCACCAGAAAGCUCUGCAGGUGCUGCUGGACCAGUCCACCAAGGCCAACUCUCCACUGAAGGGCCACGAGCGAACAGUGCAGUACCUCCAAAGAUUGGGAGUGGAGAAUCUGGGAAUCAUCUUUGAGUUUUCUCCCUGGGUGUUGAAGAUCUGUCCUGAGGACGGCCUGAAGAUCUUCACAGAGGACCUGACAGAGGUGGAGACUUUACCCAGACACAAGGUGCUGAACUUCCUGAAGGAGGGCUUUAAGGAACUCACCAUCCCAUAUUUGGAGCACAUCAUUUACAUCUGGGACGAUAAGGGCCCGGAGUUUCACAACGUGCUGAUCCAACUCUACCUGGAGCGGGUUCAAGGCCUUAUGAAACAGUACCUCAACUCGCUGCCAGAAGGAGUUCCAGCUGUUGCUGCGGGGAAGGAGGACGGUGAUCUGGGAGAGUACAGGAACAAGCUGCUGUCUUUCCUGGACAUUUCUACCAGCUAUGAACCAGCCAAACUCAUCAGUGACUUCCCCUUUGAUGGCUUGCUGGAGGAGCGGGCUCUGCUUCUGGGUCGCAUGGGUAAACACGAGCAGGCGCUGUUCAUCUAUGUGCACAUCCUGAACGACACCCGCAUGGCUGAAGAAUACUGUCACCGGCAUUACGACAGUUCACAGGAAGGGAAUAAAGAUGUUUAUCUGUCUUUGCUGCGAAUGUAUCUGUCACCUCCUGACGUCCACUGUCUGGGGCCCAUCAAGAUGGAGCUGUCGGAGCCUCAGGCCAACCUGCAGGCGGCCCUUCACGUCCUGGAGCUGCACCACAGCAAACUCAACACCACCAAGGCCAUCAAUUUGCUCCCAGCAAACACUCAGAUCCGAGAGAUCCGGGUCUUCCUGGAAAGCGUCCUGGAGGAAAAGGCCCAGAGGAAACGCUGCAACCAGGUGCUGAAGAGUCUGCUGCAGGCCGAGUUCCUCAGGGUGCAGGAGGAGCGAAUCUUCCACCAGCAGGUCAAAUGUGUCAUUACAGAGGAGAAGACAUGUAGAGUCUGCAAGAAGAAGAUAGGAAACAGCGCGUUUGCCAGGUAUCCCAACGGCGUGGUGGUGCAUUACUUCUGCUGCAAAGACCGCAACGUGUGUCCCACGGAGCAGUAACGGCUCCACCUGACAAAAGACUGUUGACUAAUAAAUAAUCCCCUCUCCCCUCUCUGUUCUGUGGAGCUCGAUUCUCAGACGUCGUUGAACUUUUUGAAGGAUGGAAAUGCUCGAAAUGUCAGUUGCCAGGCUGUGGAAUCAGACGCUUGUAUCCAAAGCACCUCAGAGGAGUGCAGACGUUUUCUAACCUGAGUUAACCUUGAGCACAGCCGUCGACAUGCUCUGAAGAGCUGAGCAGAGCAGGACCUCCUCCUACUCCUCCUCCUCCCGAAAGCGAAGGCUGCGACUUUCUUUCUCUGUGCAUGAAGUAACAGGAGGAAUGUCCAGGGUCGCUCAACACGAGGGGAGAAAUAAAGAGAAAGAGGGACUCUGACAUUUGAAAAGCAUGUGUCACUGUAACGCUAGAAGGGAUUCACUGCCCUGCACGCCGACUCAGAAGAAAAUGGGUGCUAUUGACAGACGCCCAGAGGAAGAGGAGCUCUAACAGCAGACGUUAUAGCGCUCGUUCUCACCAGGAGGGCAGUUUAAUUUAAUCUCUUCUCUCUCUUCCUGCCUCUGCACUGUCUCCCAGCCCUCCUGUAAGACUGUGUCGGCCUCAAACACUGCUUGAUUUGCCAUAUACACUCUGCAGGAGUGCUGUUAAAUGCCUUUUGUGACUCUGAAGAUUGUACUUACAGUGAGGUCUGACGUCUCAUGAUGUUUUUUGUUAGCAUGUGCUGGUACAGACUAAGCAAAACUUAAGUGUUCGUCCAACAGUGCAUUAGAUGUUUUUGUAUUUGAUUUAAACAUGGACUUCAUGGCUUCUCAUACUGUCAUCAUUCAUGGUUACGUUCUUUUGUCUUCAUUCACUGUCUGUACGAAUGAUUGCGACCACGCGACAUCUUCUCUCUCGCCUGUCUUUGUAUUAACUUGACAUGAAGUAAAGCUCAUUGCGGGCGAGACUGUGUAACUUUUUAACAGCAGACAAAGUCAAUAAAGUGGCAAUAAAGGAAUUAUAAAACAGAAUAUCCCCUUAAGAUGCUUUGAAGACAUUAUCACUAUUAUUGAGCUGAGUUGAUCAAACUAGACUAUAGUUAUAUUGAAUCCUCUUUUAAAGGAGCAAUUCUUAAGACAUGGACAGAAUUUUAGUUUAAAACAUAAAACAAAAAUGUACCAAUAUUAUCAACAGAGUGAAAAAAACAUGUCAAGGAUAAACAAAAUAAUUAAACAACAUGAAGAAAGAAAGGAGAUAUUUAUACAUACAGACAAGCUUAACUGCUUCAACAACUCCUUUAUAAACACACACUUAAACUUUUACAAGCUAUACUUUCAAGUUUUGGACUGUUAAUCAGUAAAAAAAA